AUGCCGGGGGCCACUCCUGCGUGUGAAGGCAGAGAGAGAGGCAGGCUGGGUCCGCCUGGCAGCCUACGAGAAGAGGCGGGAGCGGGAAAGGAGGGGAGCCGAGGCCCGGCGUGGGGAGGCCGGCAGGAAGGGCUGCGAGCCCUGCGCGGACCUUUCUUCACCCUCCACGCGGCCCGGCGGCGCGCUAGGUUACUGCGCCGCGAGGACGUCCGGACUUCCUCAGACCGGGACUCGACGGGAGCAGAAAAAGCGAGACCCGUACUUGGGGCGCGCCCCCGAGCCCGGGGCUCCAGCGGGACCGCUGCGACCCCGCCCCCCCCGGCCCGGGACCCCGCCGUGGGAAAGCCCAGCUGGCGGGACGCGGCGUGGAACUGCAGGGGAGGCCUGAACUCCCGGCGUCGGGAGGCGGCGGAGGAGUUCACUGUUGAGCGGUGCUUUGUUUGCAGUCAAACUCGUUGCAGAGUUCUCAGAAUUCCCCCUCGGAGAAGAGGAAAGUUGGGGAAGUGCAAGCUGGUUACCCAGACGGCGGGUGGGCUGAGCAUCGCUUUGCGGGGUGCAGGCCGGGACGGGAACUCAGCGGAGGGGCGGAGUUGUCCGGAAGAAACCUUAAGACGUCCUGGCCCGACAGCUACCUGCUCCACAGGAGGGAAAGAAGGGUCCGACCGAACUUGAGCACCGCGGCAGAAUCCGGGCUGGAGCUCAGCUCGCAGGCCCACCACCGGCUUGCUUUCCCUUCACCAAGUUUGCAGCCUGGAGGAGAGGUGAGGACAGGCGCGCAGAGAUUCAGUAGGGCUGCUGAUUUUCAUUCAAAGCUAAUUUCGUGUAAGAUGUUAGGAAUAAUUUUUUAAAUUCCUGUGACUAGUAAAUGAAUUUCAUUCGCUGUAUCUUAAAAAUGAUACGGUUGAGAAAGAAAAAAAAAGUUGCACACCCACUCUUCUCUUUAAAGCAAAGUACGAAAACGACUGAGCAGUUAAGAUUUUUGAUGUCUGAGAUGAAGAGAGUGUGGGAGGCAAGCGGCACAGUUAAAAACGUGUAGUCCACCCAAACAGAAAGACGGGAAUUGAAUUGAGGCUUUGCUGCUUACCAAGAGGUCAUCUUGAAUUGAUUAUUUGACCUUUCUGAGCCUCAUUUUCCUUAUUUGUUAAACAGGGUUAAAAGUACUAAUUUGAUAGGACAUGAUGAGGAUGAAUCAGGUAAUGCAUACAAAGUGCUUGCCUGGUACAGGUGGGUAGGCACUAAAAAUAGUAAUUUCUUCCUCUUUUCCUCGCAAGUGUAACUCAUUGUUUGGGGAAGAGGGGAAUCAAAUUUAGUCAACUGGAAGAGUUACUAAAGAAAGAUGAUUUAUUUAAACAUGUGUCUUUUUUUCCCUUGAGACGAUGGAUCCCCAGUGGGUUGGCUUCUGCUGUGAGGAUUGUUCAGUGAGCCAGGGGCAGUGCCAGGAUCUGAAAUCAAAGCUGAAGGCAAUGCCCAGGAGGCCGCAAGGUUUUUUGGUAUUUAGCCCAGUCUCACCCAAACAAGUUGGGUUUUAGCAUUAUGAGAUACAGACCUACAUGGAAAUUGAAAAUGAGAACUGAAUAUGCAUUUUUAAACACCAAUUACAAACUAACACAUAUGGGUAAUACUAAUAUUUAUCAAAUUCUAACUAUGUGCUAGGUGCUGUUAUAUAGGCUUUACAUUUAUUUUUCCCAUCAUCUUUAUAAAGUAAAUAUUAUUAUCAUCCCCUUUUACAGAUAAGGAGACUGAGGCAUACAGAGAUUAACUUUUACCAGGCUGCUAAUUUAGUCAGUGGUGAAGCUAAUAUUCAGACCCAAAUGUUUUGGCUCCAGACCUGGUCUCAUUCACUGCAUUGUGCUCUCCUCAUGCACUUAACCAUGUGUCUUACCAGAAAUCAGUACAUAGCAUCCUCAAAGGUUGGGUCUGCAUUUCAUUGUAGUGGUAAUGAGGGGGAAAAAAAUGAAGAAGAAGAAGACAAAUGGAGUAGGAGUUUGGUAUAAAAGCAUUUCCCCCUCAAGAACCCAAGAGAGUCAUUGAGCUAUGUGCCAACAGUCUCAUGCUUCUCAGCUUCUAAUUCAUCUUUGCCCUGAACUGUGAUAUUUAGAACUAGAACCUGUAAACAUUGCUUUGUUCUCAACCCAAUGCUAGGACUUGUCAAUAGAAGGUGCUAGAGGGACACUGCCUAAAAAAGGGGGGCCUCUUCUUUUCUUCUUGCUCCUGUGUGGUCAGUGGGUGGCUUUCUGGCCUGUGGUGUGCAAGAGAUCAGUGUUUCACAUCAUUAGGUAAGUUUGGCUGACUCCCCAGUGUGUGGCUUCCCAAUAAGCCAUGCUGGCCUCCCAAUGGGUGCAUUCCUAGCAAGUUUCACUGGCACCCCAGCUGGUGGUUCCCUCACCAGCCCAGACUGUGACACCUAAUGAAUUUCAUUGCCAUAGGUUGGGUGACAGCCACAUUAUCUCCAGUAAGGUCUGUGUCUCUGGCUUGGUAGCAUAGAGGACAGGGAUGAGAGCAUGGUUCUUCUAAGUUAUUACCUAAGUUAUUGGGUACUUUCCCACAGCCCCAGAAGUACUGGCUGCUCCCUAAACCACUACUCCUGUGUUUGUUAGUAAUCUCCUCGCUUAGUAGUCAGUCUCCUUUUACUAGUUAAUGCUUUAUAUUAGCUUUUCCCAGUUUUAGUGAUGGUGUUAUUUCUGUCUCCUGCCUGGAUCUUGACCACUACAGGUGUAAAAGGGUCUUGUAGAACCCUGAGGAGAGCACCAUCUGGGGACUCAGAAAUUGGGAUCCUGCCUUUAGCCAUAUAACCUUGAUUAAAUCACAUAGCCUCUCAGAACUUGUUCCCUCAUCUGUAAAAAGGUGAUGAUUUAUGUGACAAGGUUGUGUGAGUAUCAUGUAAAAUUUAAAUGUACUGAAAUGUGGUAGCAAAAAAGAAGAUGGGUAUAUUUUCUUUAAGAAAAAAAAUUUACAUGUAUUCUGAGGACUUGUUGGGUUGUUUCCUAGGAGUGAAAAAACAGCAUUUUCUGUCAGAUACAAUGUCAUCAAAUAAAUUGUCGAUCAGUUGACUUUGCUAACUUGCAGAGAUGAAAGCAAAUAGUUGUGAGUCCUUAGUUGUUCAGGUUUACAGCACUAUGAAAAGUAUGACUGAAAUAACAAUCAUUUUGAAAUGCUAGAUUCAGACUAAUUUGAUUAUCUUCUCUUCUGGAACCCUUCACAUUUGCUUUAUUUCUUCUUGUCUGCUUUACCCUUUCUGAGUUUGAUACCUGUGUCAAGAAUGAAUUUUUUCAUUGCUGACACUCUUUGUGCAGAACAUGGCACUGGAUAUUGCAUUCUAUUAAAAAAGAGUUUGGGAAUCUUAAAAGCUGAAGAAAGAAAAGCAUUCCUACCCCCUUGCACAUUCUCUGGCACAAUGUAAACGCUCAGCAGAAUUCUACCUAAUAACAGAUAUGUCCAAAGUAACAGCAUAUAAAAUUUCAUUAUGUGACCACCACCUUAAUAUGAAUUUUUAUCUUCAGUAUGUAAUGAUUAUCUCUUUACACAUAUACUAAUGUCUUAAGGAAUGGAAUGAAAAAGAGCACUUACUGAUGAAGAAAAGACAGAAUAUGCUUAGUAGUGAGGCUGAGGUUAAGAAAAGAAGCCAGAUUCUUCAAGAGCUUGGGACAGGGUCUGAGAGGUGGUAUUGGUGGUAAUAAUGGCAAUGGAGGAUAAACUUGACACGCUCCAUAGUUUGUCUGUGAUCAUUCCUGUUAUUAAACCUCCUUUCACUUCUGCUUCAGUAUUCACACACAAAUAUACUAAUCCAUAUUUAUAAGGUAGAUUUACUUAGCAUAAUACCAAGCUUCUCAGACUUUUCUAUCAAAGUAUCUCUCAACAAUGAUAUACUUACCCCACCCCCAGCCAAGAGUAAUCUUAUUUGACGUCCUCCACUUUUAUCUAAAAAUUCAUAUGAAUUUUCUGCUCUGUAAUAGGUUCAUAUUUAUAUGGAUAUUAAAUAUGAUUUUUCUCCCAAAACAUUGCCUAAAAGAUGUUCCAGAAGGAUUUGCUAUGUUUAUCUGCUGGUUUCUUAGCCCAGCCUGGUGACUCCAUGGGUAUCUAUAGCUUAAGUCCAGUAACUAGAUAUGCAAGCCCAAGUCCUAGAAAGAGAAUUUGGACUGCAAAGAUAGAUGUGGGCACACUUUGAAACCUUGGCUCUUCAGCCUUACCCAGCACUGUGCAAAAUGUGAGAAGAGAAAAACACUCAACUCCAGUUUACAAAAUCUUUUGCUAGGCAGAGAAGAGAGGAAAGAUCAGGGAAAAAGACUAUAUUCCAAAGAAAGGAUUGAAUGUUGAGAAAUCAAGCUUCUUGAAGUUAGUGAGAGGAAAGUUUAGGGCUUAGAUGCCUCCAAACACUUGCACAGAACUGCAUAUUUCAUUGGUAUUUUAUCAAAUUACAUUAUAGUGCUAAUUCUCCUUACCUGAAAAUCUCAAAUAUUUUGAUGAUGGUAACUUUUAGAUUUAUAUCAAUUACAUUUGUAUGGAAGGGUCAGAACUGUUUCAUUUUGGUCUAGAAUUAAUGUCCAUUGAUUGUGUUUCUGCAUUUCAUAGAACCAUCUUAUUUUUCAGUAUCAGUUAUAUGAUUGGGAUAGAAUAUAUGGUCUAAUGUCUGUAAUGCAGGAACUUCCUCUCAAAUAGUACUGUCAAUUAGUCACCUAGCCCUGUGCAAAAAGAUGUGGGGACAGGUAAAAUUUGACUACUUAAGUGUGAGGGUAUUAGAUCAUUUUAGUUGCUAGAAAGUUCUGAAUGAUGUGACUUUGGUCUUUAUAAAGCACCUGUUUGUGUGAAGUUCCUGGACCAUAUACUAUAUACAAAUUGGGGGAAGAGAACUGCAAAAACAUUUAACUAAUUGAUUCACCUUAACUACAGAGUUGACAAUGUAUGGAGAAAUUUGACCAGCUCAAUAAAUGAAACCAUUAUAAUA